UUGCGCCACCUCCGCUGGAAAAUGAAAGUAACCGAGAGAUGUGGUCAUUUUUUGUCAAUGCUUUUGCUCCGGAAACACUCCCUUCCAGACGUGCUCUUCGGCUGCAUCCCCAUGCCCCAGCUCGGCUUGGCUGGGUCCAGCCCCAGCGUCCCAGAGGCAAGAGCAUCCGCGCAGGACAGGGGCGCUGCAGGAGCACCGGGAGGGAACUCCUGAAGGCAGAAGAGCAAAACGAGUGUUAGAUGAGGUCACAUAACCACUGGCAGCUCCAGCUGCAGGCUGCAGGGAGCAGACUGUGCCAGAUGCCCAGCGGUGCUCUCCCGGCCAUCCAGCUCCUCCGGGGUUCGACCCACUCACUCGAACGAGGUGGAAACACUACAAGUCCAGUCCAGCCAAGAUCUGCUGAGGUCAAGGGAGUGGAGAGCAGACUGAAGAUAUUCAGACCCAUCUGAAACCUACCUUCCCACAGGAAUGCUGGUGUCCAGUAUGGAGAUAGAAGAGAUGGAGACCCUGGCCAAUGAGGUGGAGGAGAGGAGUGGAAGAGCGGAUGUGACCCUGGACCCAAACACUGCCAACCCCUUCCUCAUCCUGGCUGAUGAUGGGCGAGACGUGAGGCGCGGGGACAUGUGGACGUUGCUGCCCGACAACCCCGAGCGGUUUGACACGGAGCCGUGCGUGCUGGGGGGCCGGGGUUUCACUGCAGGGCAGCACUGCUGGGAGGUGGAGGUGGCCGAGGGGGGCGACUGGUGGGCUGCGGGGGUUGCCCGGGAGUCUGUCAGGAGGAAGGGGGUCCUCAGUUUUACCCCCGAGGAGGGGAUCUGGGCCGUGGGGCAGUGGUUUGGACAGUACCACGCUUUUACUGACCCUGACUGGACACCCCUGCACCUUGCCCAGGUGCCCAGGGCCAUCCAGGUCUCUUUGGACUUGGUGGGCAGGCAGGUGGCGUUUGCUGAUGCUGAAAACGAAGCCCCGAUCUUUGCUUUCUGCCUGGCUUCAUGUCCUGAGGAGAGGCUACACCCCUGGCUCUGGGUGGGAAUGGACUCAUGCCUCAGGCUGUGCCCCUGAUGUGGAGGAUGACCAGAACUGGAAAGAUGAACGCCAUGGCCUUGGAUCACAGUGCCGGGAGCUGGGAGCGUCGUGUGUCCUUGCUGUUUUUUCCUCACACGGUCCCUCUGGCCACUGAAUGGGAGAACUGGAAGGUCUUGGAGAUGGACACCACCAAAGAAGCUCCUUUGUCCUGCUUGACCCCACAGGGGGGACUGCAGCAACAAUGGGGACAUGGGGAUUUGAGGCACAGAGGAGCUUGGUGCAAGGUGGCCCCAGGGCCAAGAUGUGGUGUUGAGUGCUGGGACACUGCAGAGCAGGUCCAUGCAAGGCCAUGAGAAAUGCAUCAGGUCCAAACGCCUUAAAAGUUGCCAAGUACCGUGUCUGGCUUUCUUUAAUUAAGCUUAAUGAUUAAGUCAAAAAAUACAAACAUAUUUGGGUGCUGGG